UUCUGCUCUAUCUUUGGGUAAACAUAUCUGUAGAUGAAGUUUUGCGGCUGUUAUCCGGAUAGAUGUUUACUAAGAGCGUAUGUUUAUCUGGGUGUGUUUAAGGUUUCGCAAAGAAGUGAGAGGACGUUUUUAAGUUUCCGUCAUGCAGUCACGUCAGUUGACGAUGAUACGUUUAUUGUUGCUAUUGAGCGUUACCGUGCCGUUUGCGGAAGCUAAUGGUUGUACAACUCAAGUGUCGUCUGCUGGAGUCCUUAACCUUCAGAAUGACAUCGACGCCACCUCACAGUCGCCGACACAGCCUGCGUCUCAAGUGUUUGCAGGGGGAUGGUGUGCCAAUACCGGAGCGAAUAAAGCGCAACUCAAUGUUCACUUCCGGAACGGAUAUGGAAUCAAGGGCAUUAUCAUAUAUCCUUUGAACCCGAUCAGUUACUCCAAACGCGUGCACGUGCAGUACAUCCCGAAUGGCGGGAAUCAGAUUCAGGAAUUUCCGGUUCCAGGCGGUCAGCUUACUAUGGAACUCAAUGCCAGUCUAUCGUACAGUCAGAUGGGUUUCAGUCAAGGCAUCGCAGUCACGCAGCUGAGGUUUGAAGUCUUGUCACAUCAGGGACCCCAAGCCUGUAUGAAGCUUGAACUGAUCGGAUGUCCACUCGAUGAGCUGUGCCCGGGAGGUUGCCAGAACAACGGUAUCUGUCAGUAUGAGGGUCACUGCGCAUGCCAAACAGGAUGGGAGGGGAUGAACUGCGAAUUGAAACAGUGCUCCCCACAGAAGCUGGGUCUGGCGGACGGAAGGAUCCCGGCCUCAAACAUCCUGGUCUCCUCGCAAGAUCCAAACCAUCCAAAAGAGAAGCUGGGCACAGACGGCUGGUGUCCGACCCAGACAGACCAGUCACCCUGGGUGCAAAUCACGCUAGACAAGCCGACGGCCGUCAGUGUGUUUGAAUUCGGCUUUCUAACACGCCUUCAGAGUGAUCCAGAAAGAAUGUUCAUGCGAGAGUUCAAUCUUCAGUACAUCGCACCAGUUGACUCUACGAGAAGUCUGCGGACUUUUGCCGACAACAUUCCGGCUCUAAAUAGGACGCACUAUUCCACAGUGAGCACCAAUCCCGUGAUAGUAACCGACACAAUCAGGAUAGUCUCAGUGAGUCAGGAAAUCAGAGCUUGCUUCAAACUGGAACUUCAAGGCUGUGAUCCGACAGCGAUGUGCACGGCCAACUGGUGCAAGAACAACGGCACGUGCAUCGGCCAGAACGUCUGCAAAUGUCCGACAGGAUACUUCGGGACACAGUGCGGUCAGACACCAAACCAGAUUGUGGCUACUAAGCUGUCGUUCGUCAACAUCACCAACAACACUGUCAUCACGGCCGUUCCCUCAAUCAGCUUCGCCGUGCAAGGAAAUGUCAACUUAACUGCGGUUCCCGGAAAACCGGAACCAGUUCUGACCAUCCAGGGAACCAACGUUUGCAUUAAGAUGAACGUCUCCGCCACCUCGGCGUCGUGUAUCACCGACAUCGACCUCUGCCUUUCCGGUUUCACGUUCGCCAUGGACGUAAGCUUUAAGUCACUUCUGGACAACACGUACAUAGUGUCAAGCGGCGGGAACCUGCCUGGUCAUAAGGGCGUGGCACUGUAUUACUCUCAGAACCACCUCUACUAUAUCGUCAGUUCGUCUACGUUCACCUGGACGCUAGUUGUGACCUACACACCUGCUCUAAAUGUCUGGCAACACUUCGAGAUCACCUGGAACCCGCGCUUGGGUGUGGAACUUCUGGUGAACGAACAUUCCUUGGGGACCAAUGGUAGACCCAACCCUAGCGGAGGCUCCACCUCUCUGCCUCUAGCUAUCGCCUGCAGUCACGGGCAGUUCGCAGUCAAUGUCAACAUGAUGGUCACGGGCAUCAUUUCCUGGAACUUUGAUAGGACGAUGCUGGUCAACGCCGGUAUUAAACCAGCACCGGAUACGACAACUGCAGCAUCGACAUCACGUGCACCGCCUCAAACAUCCACGACGACAUCAACAACAACAACAACAACAGCAGCAGCAACAACAACAUCUAUGACACCAAAUAUACACUCAACAACAGCACUUCCAUCGUCAACAUCAACACUACAGUUAACAACAACAACAACAAAAUCACCACCACAACCAACAACAACAACCCAAACGCCGGCGAAAAUACCGAGCUACGGCUGGAACCUCUUAAACAUCAACCACGCCGCUGUCGUGAUCGGCGUCGACUACAACCUCACUGUACACGGCACGCGGCCCAUUCAUAACGUUGGCGUCCACCUGAGCAAUUCCGGGUCUUACAUUAUGAUAACCGCACCUCCGGACAGUUGUCUACUCAACCCAGCGGCCUGCACCACCCUCGGACUGACUCUCCAGAUCACCAUGCAGUUCCACAAAAUCGAGGAGAACACGUACAUCCUUACAAGCGGCGGACAGACGCCCGACGGCGUCGGCAUCGCGAUCUUGUACCGCUAUGGAAAGUUCCAGUUUGUGUUGACCACAUUCAACAUGUCCUGGUUCGCGAGCGUCGGGCGGGAAGCGCUUCCGGCCGACUGGUUAUGCAAUUUCUUGCUGUCACGGAGUCUCGAUACGGGCAUUGAAAUCUUCGUGAACAACGUGCUGUUUGGUUAUAGCAGAACGCCCGCGCCGCACCGGCCAACGUCUCCAGCCUACGCGCACACCAUUUUCAUCGGGAAACAGCCGUCAACGUCAACAGGCGUCAGCGUUGACUUCACGCUUAAGGAAUUCACAUUUUGGAAUGCUCGGAUCGAAGUGUUGGUCGACAAAGGAAUCUUCAGACCGCCCGUUAGGCCUGUGUUGGUAGGAUGACGGGCGUACCACAAUCAUAUAAUCAGCUAAAGAAUGACAAUUUUAUUUUUCUUCAAUAUGUUGUCAAGCUCAACCAAGAAAAAAAAAGAAGUUGAACUCUGUAUAGAAAAAAUGAUGUUUUUCAAUCCCUAUUCAACCUGUGCUGUAUGUACGGAUUAAAAUAACUGAUGAAAAAUACAGUGCUGGAGUUCAUAAUAAUUUGAUACUUUAAUAAAUCACUUGCUUUUCGUAUUUCUAUCAAGACAUUGUUACAAAUUAUGGUUAGCUUUAACAGUAAACUAAAAAUAUGUGGUGGUGGCGGAUAAUUAUGGGAUAUGAAGAGAAUAACAGGUUACAGUCAGAUCUUUUGUUAAUCAUGUGAUGCUUAGAAUAAAACAAUUAAAUUUGUUAAAUUGAUAUCCCCCGACAAAUAAUCUUUGUUUAUGGAUUGGUGCAAAUCCCUUGAUAUAUAAUAUAAUUCUAAAUAAAUAUUUAAAUGUA